AUGUCGACGUAUCCCCAUGUUUCUGCACCUUUGGCAAUAGGCAUAGAUGUGCUUCAGUUCAUGCGUCGCAUUGGACCACAUAUUUGUCUCUCUGGUUUUGGAAGUGGGUGCUGUCCUGGAUGGAUACCAUCUCCAGGGAGUGGACAGUGCACGCUGCCACUCUGUUCCUUUGGCUGUGGCAGCGGCUUCUGCAUAGCUCCCAAUGUCUGUGCCUGCCGAGACGGAAGGCAGGGUGUCACCUGUCAAGACCCGCCUGGAGCCUGUGGGGAGUAUGGCUGUGAUCUCACCUGCAAUCAUGGAGGCUGCCAGGAGGUGGCAAGAGUGUGCCCUCUGGGAUUCUCUAUGACUGAAACAACUAAUGGUGUACGUUGUGUGGAUAUUGAUGAGUGCCUGAGUGGUUCCUGCGAGGGGCUUUGUGUGAACACAGAAGGGGGCUUUGUGUGUGAAUGUGGCCCAGGGAUGCAACUUGCGACUGACCGGCACAGUUGUCAAGAUACUGAUGAGUGCCUAACAACACCUUGCCAGCAGCACUGCCAAAACAGUAUCGGCAGCUAUCAAUGUUCCUGUCAUCCUGGAUUCUACCUUCAUGGCAACCGACAUUCAUGUGUGGCCUCUAGCGCCCUGCGUCUGUCUGGUGCAGAUGUGAAUGAAUGCCGCCGACUCAGUGAGAAGCGAACCUGCCAACAUUCCUGCCACAAUACAUUGGGGAGUUUUAUGUGCAGCUGUCAUCCAGGCUACCGACUCAGUGUGGACAGAUUGUCUUGUGAAGGUUUUUCAAAGUCCAGCCUGGCCCCUUCUUCCAUUUUGCAGUCUCUUCAGCAGCCACAGACUCUGCUACGCCUUUCUCCAGAAUCUAUAGGACCUGUGUUGCCCCCCAGGGGUUCUCCAGCACUUGCUCCCUCCAGUGUACCUGGAACCCCAUCUCCUUUCCUGCUCCUUCCCAUUCUCUCUGUGCUUCCACCCGCAUCUUCCCCCACUUCCUCAUCUCCUCCCCACAGCUCAUCUUUUGGCACCUCCUUCUCACCCAGAACAGCCAGGCCUUCUCUACCAGUAAGUCCUCUGUCACCACUGCUACCAAAGAAGGUUAGCCCAUCUCUUCCCCCAAGCCCUUUGACUCCCUCAAUUCCCACCCUGCCAUCUGCCUGCUGGCAUGGAGGGGUUCUUCAUGAAGAUAACAGCUACUGGAUAGAGCCACCAUGUCUGAAUUGCUCCUGUGAGGGUGGACAAGUGUUUUGUCGAGCUGUGACGUGUGAAGUUUCCUGCUCUCACCCAAUUCCCCCAGCCCAAGGAGAGUGCUGUCCUACUUGCACAGGCUGUUUCUAUUAUGGGAUGUCCAGAGUUGAAGGGGACGUAUUCUCUCUCUCUGAGGAGAACUGCACAGUCUGUGUCUGCCUGGCAGGCAACAUUUCCUGUAUUUCUCCAGAAUGUACACCCAGUCCAUGUCCCAGUUCUGUUCAGACAGACUGUUGUCCCUGCCAGCCAGCAGAAUGUCAUUUCCGUGGGCAAAUAUACACAGAAGGGUCCGAGUUCAACCCAGAUGGUGAUAACUGUACCACUUGUGUGUGCAGACAAGGUGAAGUGGAGUGCUCCUUCAUUCCAUGCCCCACCCCGGGAUGUCCCCAUGAGGACUGGCUGUUGGCUCCAGGACAGUGCUGCUUCACCUGCCGGAAGACUGCACUCAUGACAGGUUGCUUUAUAGAUGAUAAUGGAAUUGAAUUUCCAGUAGGACAGCUCUGGUCACCGGGUGAUCCCUGUGAGUUAUGCAUCUGCCAGGCAGAUGGUUCAGUGAGCUGUAAGAGGACAGAUUGUUUGGAGAUGUGUCCUCAUCCAAUCCAAAUCCCUGGACAAUGCUGUCCAGAUUGUUCAGCAGGUUGUACCUAUGCAGGGAAGAUCUUCUAUAACAAUGAAACCUUCCCCUCUGUCUUGGACCCGUGUCUAAGUUGCAUUUGUUUGCUGGGCUCUGUAGCCUGUUCUCCUGUGGACUGUGUCGUAUCCUGUACAUAUCCUUUCCAUCCAGAGGGCGAGUGCUGUCCAAUUUGUUAUGACUGCAAUUACAAGGGAAGAAAAGUAAUCAAUGGACACAACUUUGUUCCCGAAGAUGAACCCUGUGUUUAUUGUACCUGCCAGCUUGGGGAGGUGAGCUGUGAGAAGAAGACUUGUCCAAAGACUUGUACAGAGCACUUUGGUCCUAUAACUCAUUGCUGCCCAGACUGCCAAAAUAAUGAAGUUAUGGAUGAUUUGGCUUCCCUGGAGAAUAGACUAGCCAGUCCUGUCUUGGAAGAUGGAGCAGCAGAGACACCUUUGCAAAAUCUUCAAAGAGGUCCCAUAGCCCUGGUGUCUGAUAGCUCUACCCCUAACAUUGCCUCACUUACUCCAGAAGAUCAUCUUGAAGCAAGUAAUACAAAUGAUCAGAAGACUGUGCUUACGAACCCAAUUGCACUAGGGAAUGUUGGAUUCCACCAAAACAGACCAGGAGAGACCACUAGGUUGCAUGUCAAUGAACCACCAAGUAUCAUCCCUCCUUCUUGGCUAGGCCACUCAGCAAUUCCUCAAAUAAAACCGGAGUCCAUUGUACCAUUUCUAAAUAAUCCAGAGAGCUUUGGGGAUCCUCCUAGCAAAUCAGCUGGGUCCUCCAUGACUCAUUCCAGCCUGUCUUCUCUUUAUUUAAGAACAAGCAGAACCACUGUGUCUCCCCCUGCUGCUCAUAUCUCUGUUCCAUCCACUCCAGCUAAUCUCAAAAAAUCUAUAACGGCCUUAUUUCAGCGUUCAAACAUUCAUAACCUUCUUUUGCAACCUCUGGCUGAAACAUUUUCUUCUUCAGCCAGUUCUAAUCUAGAUUCUUUUCAAGAGCUUCCUAGUAGCCCAACCCACAGAACACAUUUUUCUUUGCGCCAGCUAAAUGUAGGGAACAACUCUAAAUUAACCUCUAGUGAUGAGAAUAGCCUCACUGAUAUAUCUCCAUAG